UAAGGGAGGCAGGGGAGAUGGGAAAGGGAUGGGGAACGGUGGGGCAGCAUGAUGGGUGCGGGAUUGGGACAGUGCAAUGGCCGUGGGAUGGGACUGAGUGUUGGGCAUGCCGUGGGCACAGUGUGGUGGGCUUGUGUUGGGCACGGCACAAAGGCCGUGAUGAGGACACUGACGGGCUACAGCGGUGGCAAGCACAGAGCCACCAGGAGGCAGCUGAUGGCUCGAGAGAGGCUCAAGAGCGGACAGGGAGGGAGGACACGCGGCAGGGAUGGACCCCAGGCACUAUCAGGGCAAUGGUCUUGCUCAGGCAUCCAUGGCCCAUCACCCCAGGGAGCUGCCAGAUCCCGUUUCCACAGAUGGGAGAGCAAGCAUUUGCCAGUGUUCCCUGCCUUCUCCUUUGAGUUUUUGAGAUGUGGGCCACCCCAGGAGGUACAGAAAAGUUCCUCGAUGUGAGGGUGCAAGGCUGAUGCAGCCCCUGGCCCCAGCAGGGCCAUUCAUCCCAUCCCUGCCCACUGCCCCUGCCCAAGCACUCGAAGAAAAGCGCCACUGCCAGACCAGUCGCCUCCUGCUCCUGGGAGAGUUUCAGUUUGGGACAAGGAAAGAAAAUAGCAAAUGGUCCCUGAUGUAGCUCUGCUAUCAGCACCCAAACACCGCUGUCCAAACGCUGGCCGGACCCAGCUCAGCUCCGAGCACAAUUUGUCACCAGAGGCCCUCCCUGCCCCUCUCCAUCUGUGGCAGCCGGUGAGCAGGAGGGGGCACGGGGCCAGCACGGCUCUCAUUACCUUCCCCAUUUGCUCCUCAUUUGGGCCAGUAGUCUUACAACAACAAACCCCGUGGAGGACAAGCAGGGCCAGGAAGAGUAAACCAAAAGUUCAGGCUGGCUCUGAGGAGUGGGGAGCUCAACCUGCUGGUGUUUCACUGCCCCUCGAACCCCAAUACAGGCAGCACAGCCCAGAGUGGACACAUGGAUGGUGGCACAGUCACCUGCCAGCCACUAAGGCCGUUCAGAAGGAUGACAGCAAGCCUCAAACCUGAACCCGUUAGGUGAACCUACCCCAAUAAUUCACAGACAACCAGCAAAGCGAGGCAUCCCACCUCCCCAGACCUUCCCGACACCCAAAGGGUUUAAUUCUGAUCUGCAAUAAGCCUCUGACCCAGGAGAUUUGCAGGUGGAUUGUGCAAAGCUGUAGCUGAACAACUGCAGCCCCUGAUCCCCUGGGCUGGGGCCCUGGCUGCUCACCCUGCCCCGAGCCUCCAGUCCUGAGUGACCCCCGGCUGCAGCCACCCUGGGCCCCACCCUGCACCUCCAGCCCCCUCCGUAAGUACCACAGGGCUCCCUCCCUCGCCUUUCUGCACCCUGAGCACCCCGAGCACCCCGAGCACCCCGAGCACCCCAGGUGUUUCUUUUCCAGCAGCUGAGACACUGUGGGAGGUCUUGGUUAGAGCACAGGAGAGGAGACGGAAGGCUGGGAAACUUUGGUGCCAAGCAUUUGAGGUGGCAGCGGGGGGAACAGGAGCAGGGGGAGGCCCUGGGUGGUGGCAGCACGCUCAGCCAGGAGCGUUCCCAGGGAGAGGGAGGCCACUGGCCGCGGUGCCAGGGCUCAGCCCGGUUUCGCAAGGCACCACAGAAGGAGGAAUUUUUAAACAAAGCAGAGGGAAAACAAACCAACCCUCUCCACCACCUCUGCCAACCCCCCCGUCAGUGUACAGGGCUGUGGGCAGAAGGUGGCACUGACACAAAAUCCCAGCAUGAGCUGCGCCCCGAACUGCUCACCCCUCCACAGGACAGGUCACUCUGCUCGGCUGGCGAAGCAUCCCAAAGGAGAUGCCAGCCCGAUGUAAUUCUGCCCUCUGUGGGCCUCCAGGCUCUCCUGGGGAUGCAGGAGUCACUGUCACACGCAUCCCUCUCCAUCCUUGUCCCCAGCAGCACAGAAAGGCUGAUAUCCAUGGUUCAAUCUCAGGUGGCCGUGUCCCUUUGUCCCAGAGGAGCCUCGGCAGCUCGGGGUGGGUCGUGGGUGACUGCAGAUGCCUUGGGUGAGCCCCACGCAGAUGGGUAUGAGGUGCCAUCCCCUUUGCUCAGCCGGGGGAGCUUUGGGUUUACCACCUGAAGUCACCUCCAGCGGGUCCCAAAUAAGAUGGUGCAGCCAUAGCUUUUCGGCUUCCUCAGCUCGAGGCAUCACAGAAGACAAGGUACCUCGAGGAAGGCAGUGGGCACUUUUCCCCACAGCAGCAGCCGGCUCUCCAUCCUGCCCGCGGCGUCAGUGCAGGGGAGGGCUUUGGCGUCCUUCCUGGGCAGCGCUGCUCUGCCUCUGGAGCCUGGCUGGGGAGAUAGCGGAGGUGAAAGGGCGCCUGGCGCUCCUCCACGGGCUUGGGUCAAUCGUUAAUCGGGGAGGGAUUGCUUUCCACUCCCGCAGGUAACCUCCCCGCGGCUCCCACCCCGCACAAAACCAGCACCCCCGGCAGCGGGGUGGAGCUGCAGCGCUGCGAGCGGAGCCUCUCGCAGGGCCAUGGGAACGUGAGCACACGGGAGGGACCUGGGCGACAAGCCGCGAGCCUUGGCUAGGCGACAGAGGUGACAGCCAGCCCCCACCAUGGUGUCCAUGGGGCUCCAGCUGCUGGGCUACACCGUGGCCUUCCUGGGCUACAUCGGCACGCUGACGGCCACGCUGCUGCCCAGCUGGAAGACCAGCUCCUACAUCGGCUCCAGCAUCGUGACAGCCAUCAGCUUCACCAAGGGGCUGUGGAUGGAGUGCGCCACGUACAGCACGGGCAUCACCCAGUGCGACAUCUACAGCUCCCUGCUCAACCUGCCCGCCGACAUCCAGGCGGCCCAAGCCCUCAUGGUGAGCUCCUGCGCCGUGUCCUCCCUCGCCUGCCUGCUCUCUGUCGUGGGCAUGAGGUGCACCGUCUUCAGCCAGGGCUCGCCGGGCAAGGACCGGCUGGCGGUGGCGGGCGGCGCUGUCUUCGUCCUCGGGGGGCUGCUCUGCUUCAUCCCGCUGGUGUGGAACAUCCACGUGGUGCUGCGGGAUUUCCACAACCCCGUCAUCCCCGACAGCAUGAAGUUCGAGCUCGGGGAGGCUCUUUACCUCGGCAUCAUCUCCUCCCUGCUCUCCCUCGUCGGCGGCUUCAUCCUCUGCACCUCCUGCCCUGCCCGGGACACCACGACCGCCUACUCCAGCGCCUACCAGCCCCAGCUGCUGGCGAGCAAGAGCCCCCAGCCCUCUGUCAGCCAGGUGCAGAAGACCAAGAGUGAAGUCAAUUCCUACAACCUGACAGGAUACGUGUAGUGGCUGCAGGGGGGAACCAGGCUGGCGCCUCUCCCGGCUCCCCAGAGCGUCCGGGCUGGCACCAAGGGAACGCGGUAAGAGCAGAGGGCACGGCGGCAUCGCCCGUGCUCAGCCCUCUCAUGUGCUUGGGGGGGUUGACCCCGCUCUCUCCCCGGGAUUCUGAGAGCCUUGUGACUGCUUGGAGAUCCCAGCUGGUGGCUUACGCUGAUGACAGACUCUGAAUCCGGCUUCUGUUCUUUACUCCGUGCUGCCAGCUCGCAGGCAGCUCCUGGCACGGCGGGACCCCAGCCUGCAGCCCCAAUGAACCUGCCUGGAAAGGGGAGUGGGCUUGUGGCCCCAGGGAGCGGCCCGCUGGCCAUGGAGGCAUCACAGCAGGGUCAAGGGCAUGUGCGUGGGUCUGCAGUCGCUGCUGGGGGCGGUUGAGUGCUGGUUGCAAACCGAUGUCGCAAUAAAUACGUCUUUCUAGCCA